GCUGAACCGGCGGAUGGUUGGGAUGAGAGAGAAGCAUGCUCGUCACAGUCGUGUCUUGAGUGUGGAACGAGUCAAUUCAAGUAUUUUAUGUUUUUUCCUGGGGUUUAAUCAUUGAGGAUUUCUGUCGCUAAGGAAUAAGAAACAAUGUCUGACGCAGAAGGAGAUGAUUCCCCCGUCGGCGCCACCCCGAUGGCCACGGACGUUUCGGAAGUUGUCGAUUUCGACAUCAAUCUCGCGCUUCAAGAAGUUUUGAAGCUUUCCAUGAUCGGCGACGGCCUCGCGCGCGGACUUCACGAGGCUGUUAAAGCGCUGGACAAACGGCAAGCGCUGAUGUGUGUCCUCGCGGAGGACUGCGACGAGGCGAUGUACAAAAAGCUGGUGAUUGCGCUCUGCACGGAGCACAACAUUCCGCUCCUGCGCGUCGACAACAACAAGAAACUCGGCGAAUGGGCCGGUCUCUGCAAAAUCGACAAGGAGGGAAAGGCUCGGAAGGUCGUCAGGUGUUCCUGCGUCGUUAUCAAGGACUUUGGAGGAGAAUCGCCCUCACGUGACCAAGUCCUUGAAUACAUUAAACUUCAAGACUCUAAAGCUUAAUUGUUUUUUGUAUUUGUACGUUGUCAUGACGACUGAAAAAUAAUAAAUCAAAAAUAAAAAACGA